UUGAAUGUUAUUGACUUUUGGAAAGCAAAGUUUAAUAAAAGUACGUAUUUUAAAACCCUCGAAAAAUGUCUAAGAAGGAUCCAAAUGAUCGCAACGAGAGAAAGUUGGAUUCUGGCGACUACGAGAACCUUAUAUCUCAGCACAGCAUUUUCGAAUCGUCCAAGCCUAGGCAUCAUGAACUACCGAGUUUUCCAGGUUUUUCUAACGCUGAAACUCAAACAAAACAAAGUGAUUUAAAAACUCAGGGACUUCAAAGUAGCCUUGGACCAUGGCACUACAAUCCAUGGUGGAUGUUAGCGAGCACUUCGAGAAGUGUUCCGUCUCAAGAUGAUUACUCAGACAGUGACCAAGCUAAAGUAAAGCAAGAGCCUAGUAGGGCCGGUACUCCAGAUCGUGAUCCAUUACAGAAUGACUUAGAACAAUUACAAUCUACAUCAACAGCUCCAGUGGGUCUAGACUCAUUUUGUGACGAUUGUUCAGACCCAUUCUGUGAUUCUAGUGUGGGAAUGUGUCGUAAACUAUUUCACUGCCCUCAUUGUAGAAAGAGCUAUCCCACAAUUCUUGAAUUCAACACACACUUAACAGGAGUGCAUCCAGCCCAAAAACCAUUCAGAUGUCAAAUCUGUCUGGAACCAUUUUAUAAAAAAUCACAUUUACGAAGACAUUUAGACUCACACCACACUCGUAAAGAUGUAAACAAAUGUUCAGUGUGCUCAAAAUAUAUAAAAGAUAAAAGUAACUUACGUAAACAUAUGCAAGUCCACACAGGACGGGUUCCUCAAAAACAAUUCAAAUGUGACUUGUGUAACAAUAAGCGUUAUAUGUCUCUCGAUAGACUCAAUAAUCACAAAGUAGUAUGCACAGGAGAGAAAGUACUGAAGUACUGCGAUAUGUGCACCAAAGUGUUCGACAAUUCAAGAUCUUUGAAUAGCCACAAGAAGGUACAUGCAAGGGAGCUAAAAUGUGAAAUCUGUGGUGAACAGCUACGCUCUUUAGAGCAAUUUAACAACCAUAAGAUGAUUUGUUUAGGAGGUUCACAAGAAGCUGGUAGUAGUGGUGCAGCAAAUACUGCAGGAGCUCAGUUAAGCCGUUGUUGUACACAGCCAGGACUGUGCGAACAUGACAAACCAGCGUAUUUGAACAUACCCAGCUAUGCUGCUGGUCGUGUUCUUGAUGCUACUAUGUCAUCUCUUAAAUCUGAAAUGAACUGAUGACAUAUUUUAUGUCAAAACUUUACUAAUUGUAAACACAAGUUAUUCUGAUUUAAUUUUUUACAGAUUACAAAAUGGUUAAAUCAAUGACAGUAAUAAUUUACACAUUUGAGAAUUUCACAAGACUGAUGCAAAUAUCCCGCCUCACAACUUGCUUUAUUAUUACCAUUUAAAUAUAGGAUGUAGCUAGUAAGUAAAUGCAGUUAGAGUAAGUUGAUUACUAUUUGAGCAUAUUUAAACAAUAAUUGCAGCAUCAACUGCAGGAGUUGAUCUGUUUGUUUGUCCACAUGAAGUAUAUAUCAGUAUAGUUGCUGAUGUUAAAGCACUAUACUGAAAGAAAACAUUUUAUGUGAAUUGCAUAUUAAUUCCUGCAACUGCUGUUUUGAUUACUAAAUGAUGCUCAAAUGGUUGCCCACCUUUUAUUUUGUAACAUAAUAUAGUAGAAAAAUAAGUUUCCACAAAUCAGCUUUAUUUAAUAGCAGACAAACCAGACCAGACUUUGAUUAUUGUACUUUUUAAAAUGACAGAUAACAUAAUUUAUUAUUUGAAUGUAACAAUGCCUUGACUGAUUUAGAAUAAUAACUAUUAGCAUGCAGUAUUACAUUAAACUUUUUUUUAUUUUUCUAUUUUGUAAAAUAUUAAGAGCUAUAUUUUUAUUAUAAUUUUUAGGAGCCAUAAUAACAAACAUGACAUAACAUUGCAUAUGGAGCAGCGUUUUUUCACACUUUGACAUUUGAAAAGUGCUGUCAUUUAAAGUGUUUCAAAACACUACUUUCACUAUCCCAACGUUAUGACAUGUUUUUUAAUAAGGCACUAAGUGUAUAACUUAAAUGUCGAGUUGGUCAGUGGGGACACACCUGAGCAAAUUCUAUUUUUCCAGUGCUCUAUUGUACAUUUUGCUCCAAAGACAUCUAAAAAUGUAGUUUCAUAUGGAUAUUGUUAGGAGUGUAAUCUGAAUAUUUUCUAAAGACAACUAUAUUAUAAUGAUACUUUUUUUGUAAUGUUAGAUCUAGGCAAACUUUGUAAAGUGCAAUGACCUUGGCUAAGCCGUAAACAUGUUGUAGUAUAUGGAAAGAUUUUGUUGGAUAUCAAAGUAAAGCAAAAUAUUUAUUCUUGAGGUGUUAUACACUAAAAACGAUUUCUUAAAUCUAUAGGGUAAAGUUUUGGACUCAUUACACCUAUGUAAAUGCAAAAGAAUACAAUUACAUUUUAUUGUUUAGUUAGUAAUACUUAAUUGUAACUUGGUAGAUUCUGUUUAUAAUUCUUAUAAAGUAGCUGAGAGGCAGCCCUCAUAUAAGGCCAAUGCGUCAGCAUUUAACAUUAACAUCAAAUUGUAUUUACCCUAAUAUAUAAAUAUACUUAGCCUUAUUUUUGUUGCAACAAGUUACAAUUGAGUGGGUGCUAAUUGAAAAAUGGAACUAACUGCAAGUAGGACUUGCACAUGUAGGGUUCUGUACCAAGGUACAAUAUGAAGUAUAUAUGAGUAUCAACAUUAUUAUGAUCAAACAAAAAGGAUCAAAAAUUUUAUACUGAGGCUUAAAUUUUCAAUUUUAUUUUACUUUAACAUUUGUUGUCGUAACAGUAGUAGAAGUACUCUGAAAAUUUCAAGUCUGUAAUGUAUAAUAAUUUGAUAUAUAGUUUGAUUAUAGGCUUUUCAAUAUAGUUAUCAACUCUUGGGCUACAGAACCCCAAAAAGGUGCAAUAUUUGAUGGUGUAAUUGGUCUUUAAUAUUACAAAUUUUGUACUAAAUGUCUCAGAACUUAGUAAAAGCAGGCGUUACUUUGCAGAAGUCUGUGACAUACAAAUCAAACUUUGAUAAUAAUCCACGAAGAAUAGUGCAAGCAGAAAGUUGGGUUACUAUUAUAAUGGAAACGAUUCAUGUGUUUCUUUCCUUCAUACAUCAGAAUCAGAAGACAUGUGCACUAUACUAAGCAGUUCCUUUUACACCACACCGUUAUUUAAGGUGGAAUACAGAGUUCACAACUAAGCUUUAAUUGGGAAACUAUAUCCUUAAAUAUGAGCUAGCACAUUUCGUCCAUUGAUGCUUCGAUACUAAAACAUCAUAACAAUAUUGACUUAAUGUUUUAAAAAAACUCUAGAUCCGCUGCAUUUAUGUAUUGUAAGCGCCUCUAGCGUUUUUUUUUUGUGAAAUAAAAACGGUUGCACUAAAAAUAGAUUAAAAACGAACUUAAAGCUGGGUUAUUAAAAGUGGAUUUUAGUAUAUAAGCGUCAAAUUCGAGGUGUAGAAGGAACUCCGGCCAUACUUAUAAGUUAUGAUUCAGUUUUCAAGCAGAUUAAUGUUAAGUAUUUUAGUUAUAUAUAUAAUUAAUGAUUAUUCUGCGCAUGAUUCUUUUGAACUGCCUUAUGUUGAAGACGAUUUUUCGUUCGUUAAUUCAACCAUUACACAAAACUUUAACUAAACUUGAUGUGAGUAUAAAUUCUUUUAACGCUUCUGUUGAAAAUAUUAUCAAAUCCGGUCGAUGAGAGAAUUCGUUCCUGACCUUUGUCAGUUUGUCAUAUAAAACAAUAAUAAACAGUUGACAUCAUAAUUUAUUAUUGUAACAUCGCACUCUGACUUUU